CCUUCAUAGAGUGAAAAUACGCAUGGUUAACAGAUGGACCGGCCAGACGAAAACAAUUUUUUAAAAUGAAUAGUUUACAGUCACAGUCUUCUCCCAAAUCGGACGUUUCAGACAAACAGACACUGUUAGCUGUCUUACAAUUUCUGAAGAAGAACAACUUAAAGUGUACAGAAGAAUUGUUGAAGAAAGAGGCUGGGGUAACAGAUGAUGAUGUUAAACCACAAAGUGUUGGACAAAGUGAAAGUGAUGUAGCCAAUGCAUUGGCUGCUUAUAAAAGUUCAGAUGAUCCUACUCGGUACACUGAUUACUACACAGAUCUGAAAACAUUUAUAGAGUCAUGUCUUGAUGUACAUAAGGUUGAACUGUAUUUGAUAUUGUAUCCUGUGUUUGUCCAUAUGUACUUAGAACUUGUAUACAACCAACAUGAAAGACAUGCUAUGGAAUUCUUCCACAAGUUUUCAGGAGAACAAGAAUAUUAUUACCAAGAUGACUUAAAACAAUUAUCAUCUGUCACCAAAAGAGAACACAUGAGAGGCAAUCAACUCAUGGAUAAUUUUAAGGCCAGCAGAUUUAUAAUAAAAAUGUCACGUGAUUCCUAUAAUCAUCUGAAGAGAUAUCUGCAGGAAAAUCAAAUGAAACCAUUACUGACUAUCAUUCAGGAACAUUUAUUUAUUGACGUUUUUGAUGGAGUUCCCAGAAAUAAACAACAGAUAACAGCAACUGGUGGUGGAUUGCUAGGAGAGGCAGAGAGAGAUGCAAAUAAAGCCAAAGUAUUCUAUGGUUUACUGAAGGAGCCUGAUAUCAAUAUACCUGUGGAUGAUGAUGAUGAGGCACCUGAAGGCGAGGAUAAACCUAAGAAAAAAAAAGCCAAGAAAGAUCCACUUUUAAUGAGGAAAUCCAAAAAUGAUCCACAUGCCCCACAAAGCAAUAGGAUACCAUUACCAGAGCUGAAAGACCAAGAUAAGUUGGAGAAAAUAAAUUCUUUUCGUGAAGCUAUUAAGCGAGUGAGAAUAGGAGCAGAUCAGAUGCCUACAGUUUGUUUUUAUUCCAUUACAAAUGCUCACCAAGGAGUAACCACAGUGAAUGUUUGUGAAGAUUCCAGCCUGAUGUCUGCUGGAUUUGCUGAUUCUACCAUUCGAGUGUUUACUCUGACACCUAGUAAACUUCGAGGAAUGAAAUCUGGGGAUGACUUGGAAAUUAUUGACAAAGAUUCAGAUGAUGUGCUAGAAAGAAUGAUGGAUGAUAGAUCAAGUUCAGAGGUGAAGUCAUUAGUAGGUCACAGUGGCCCAGUUUAUGCUACAGAUAUUAGUCAUGACAAAAAAUUUCUUAUUUCAUCUUCAGAGGAUGGAAGUGUACGAUUAUGGAGUCUACUUACAUGGAGUAAUUUAGUGUGCUACAAAGGUCACCAGUACCCAGUCUGGGAUGCUAAAUUCAGCCCUCAUGGUCAUUAUUUUGUAUCCUGUGGACAUGAUAGAACAGCCAGAUUGUGGUCAACAGAUCAUUAUCAACCAUUGAGGAUAUAUGCUGGUCAUCUAUCAGAUGUUGACUGUGUAGAAUUUCACCCAAACAGCAACUACAUUGUAACAGGUUCCAGUGAUCGUGUGGUUAGAAUGUGGGACAAUCAAUCUGGAAACUGUGUCAGAACUUUCACAGGACAUAAGGGGCCAAUACACAAGAUGUGCUUUUCUCCUGAUGGUAGAUUUAUAGCUACAGGUGGUGUUGAUAAGACAAUUUUAUUGUGGGAUAUUGCAAGUGGUAAUAUGUUAGCACAGUUAAAAGGCCACACACAGGCUGUCUAUUCUCUUACAUUCAGUCGGGAAGGAAGUGUUUUAUCAUCAGGAGGUCUAGACAGUUGUGUGAAGAUCUGGGAUGUCAAUAGAGUAUUACAGGAAUAUGAUACAGAUUCUGAUGCCACAAUACCAAGUUCAUUACAGGUGAAUGAUAAUGCUAAUUUGUUACUAGGAUCCUUCCCAACAAAACAGACAUCAGUUUUAUGUGUUCACUUUACAAGGAAGAACCUUUUAUUAGCAAGUGGACCUGUCGCCAUAUGAUAUAAAACUAAAAUCUUGUUGACUAAAAUUGAGGACAAAUAUAUUUUGUCGUGAGGGAGAUGUUGCAGAGAUUGUUGACAUGUUAUUUAAAGUUCAUUAAUUGUUAAAGUCUUUGCAAAAAGAGAGGAUAUAAAGAUAUAGAAUUUUUCUCAGUCAAGUGAGAAACAUUGUGCAAAGUAUAAGCACCUGUUGAAAAACAAAGAAUAUAUUGAAAGAGAGUGUUGCAAAGCCUAAAGGAAGAUGACAUGGAAAAGCUAUGCCUAUUUUACUACUACACAGAUUAUGUAUACUGGUCCCAAUCAUUCCAUUUAUACCAAAUAUUGACUACAUCACAGCAUUCAUUGCAUCCUAUUAAAAAUAAGAACUUGGUAAUUGUGUGAUAGUGUCCCACCUCGAGUGCACAGGUGUGUAAGUACAAUCCAAUCACUAGUAUGGAAAGUAUGAAAAUUUGUGUUUGCUGCUUCUCUAUAAAGGAUGUGGCAUUUAGGAGUAAGAGACUGGUCAGCUAGUAGUCAGAAUAGUAUCAUUGAAUAUGUCCAGGAUGGCCACGUCUUUAUGCAGACUGUUACCUUGUGAACAAAAACAUUAAAAACCAGGCUCAGCUUGUCAGUCUUGAACAAAGCAGGAUUCAUAUUAAUAUUCAUAUCACAUUUAAAUGUUCUCAUCUGUUUAUGCAUGUAAUAUUUGCCAUUUGACUACAUCCAACCCAUUAUCAUCAUCAUCUUAAAUACAAAACUAGAAAUUUAA